AUGAAGAACACCAACUGGCGCCGUGCGAAGGAGCAGAACAAGACUAACAUUGGAGAGUGAAAAGUCACCUCGGAGCUCGGGCCGUAAGAACCUUAUUAAAUAUGGUCAAUGGAUAGCUCUUGGGACUGUAUACUUUCUACCAAUGCAUUGGAAAUUUCACGCCGCAUGCAAUGGUCACCCUAUCAUCUUCAUGCAAGUUGAAGAAUACCGAUGCUGGACACAGAUGGGUAAACCUCAGGUCUUGAGGCUUAAGGGAUGAUUGGUAGAUGUUGAAGCAGUAGCUGUAUCUAUAAACAAAUUGCGAUUAAUGAACUCUAAGCUCCUUGCAUCCUUGUUCGUUCUUCAUAGACGCUCCUUGUGGCUUGUGCACGAAGAAGCCAUUAAUUCAUCUUCUACCCCAUUCUCAUAGUGGGGAUGCUAUUUCAUAGUUAAAACAUCUACUUGAGCGUUAAACCAUUCCCUGAGUUUCCGUUGCACAACAGGACUUGCAUUAUUAUUGAAUAUGGAUUUUCGUGUUCUGAUUUCUUUGCUCCUCUACGCCUUCCUAAUUUCUCCUUCUUCAGGUAAACCUAAUGGAGUGUGCAUUUCCCGGGUGGCCGCUUUCCACCAUUCUCAUUUGAAGGGAAACUUCCAAGAAAUAGGGAUCCCAAAGAUUUUACACUUUGCAGGGUGUGCAGCAGUAACACAUGUUGUGAUGUUUCCCAGACACAUCCAGCUCUGUUAUCAAUAAUAAUGUUGGAUUCUGCAGGAGAAGCCAGCCAAGAGUGCUUGCAAUUUUAGGAACUUUUGGAAUGCUCCAUCUGUGAUCCACGUGUUAGUGUUAAGCCUGGACCUCCUCUUGUAUGUGCUUCUUUUUGGGAUAGGGUCUUUCAGGGUUGCUCAAAUGCAUAUUUCUCUAUGGAUGCAAAGACCCAGGUGAGAGGGUAAAUGCAACUAGCUAGUAGAAGCUGAGAACCAUCAUAUAAUAGGCCAUUAUAUAGCUCGUACCGAACUACUAUACAAAUUUACUUGAUUGGAUUAUAGCGACUAUCCUCAUACCACCUUCUUGGAUAAUGAGAAUUCUUAAUUGUGAAUAGUCUAAAGAGCAGCCAAUAGAAUGGAUAAUUCCAGAUAUAUUGUUGAGUUAUUCAUGUGUUGGAGUACCUGACACAGGACCCAUCAAGUGAUGGAUUCUAUUCCUUGUUGUGGCCAACAAGUAUCAUUAUUCAGUAGAGUUUCUUUGGAUCUUACCCCUGGAUAAUGCAGUUUGGUUAUUUUUAGAUGCUUGACAGAUUUAUAUUUGUAAUUUUAUGAUAUUAUUGUAUACCAGGUCCUGUCCCCGUGCGGAUUAAGUCACUUAGUUUGUGGUAGAGCUUCUGAGUGGGCCUCUAAGGGUACGGAGUUCUGCCGACUUGCAGGUUUUGCUAUUAAAACGUCUGAGGAAAGCCACCAGGGUACUGAAGAACCAUCUUGCUACGGAGGGAAAGCCAAUUUAGAUUCCAUUGCCAAUUCAUGGAAAGCUUCACAAUCAGGGGUAUCUCAGAAUGUUAAGAAUGCAGGGGUUUUUGAAGAUUUUAAGCAGUGGCUGAGGGAAAUGGCAUUUAGUGGAAGGGUGUCAUGGCGGUUGAAUAUUUUGAGCCAUGGUUGAAGGAAUGGCAUUUAGAGAAAUGGGUAUCAUGGGCAGUUAAAGAAUUUAAGCAGCGGUUGAAGCAAAUGACAUUUAGUGAAAGGGUAUCAUGGGUAGUUGAAUAUUUUAAGCAGUGGUUGAAGGAAAUGGCAUUUAGUAAUAGGGUGUCAUGGGCAGUUAAAGAUUUUAAGCACUGGUUGAGGGUAUCAUGGACAGUUGAAGAUUUUAAGCAGUGGUUGAAGGAAAUGCAAUUUAGUGAAUCAUGGGCAGUCAAAGAUUUUAAACAGUGGUUGAGGACUUCUGUUUAUGAGACAGUUCCUAACUGGGCAAAGUUCAAGAAUUAGACAGUUCCUAACUGGGCAAAGUUCAAGAACUAUGGUCUUCUACAGUGGCAAAAAAUUUGCAUGAUAUUUGGGGAUACUUAUGCAAGUGGUGAUGGAGGCACGAGGAGUUGUAAUGCCUUGUCAACAAAUGAAUCAAAUGACAUGGAGGAUAAUAAUGAGUCUUGUGGGGACUCUAAUGUUGCUGAGAGAGUUGAGCCAUUGGGAGAUAGUCAACUUAAAGCUAACCCCACAGCGUCUCCAAUCCACAAUCAUGAUAGGACACCUAAUACAAAGAGAAAGAAGGAAAACUCUGAUUCCCCACUGGAAUCCAAAGCCAUCAAGACAUCUCCAGAUCAAGGUUGGAGAGAGAUGAUGAACUGAAGUAUGGCAUUACUAGGGCCCUUGAAGUGCUGGAGACAGUCAAAUAUAUAGAUGAGGAAUUGUAUACAAAGGCAGUUUUGAAGAUCAUGUCAGACCCGCAAUGGAGAGAGGCAUUCAUUUCAUGCCCUGCACACCGCAAGAACAUAUUUCUUAGAAUUCUGAACUAAUGAUUUCAUGAUUUCACUAAUCAAUUAAUGUGGACUUCAUUGGUACAAGUUGGAUGAUUUGGAUGGUUUUAGUUUCAGUUUUUUAAUUUGGAUGUGUUAGAUUUUUUUUUUUUCUUGGCUUGAUUGCUUUAUUAUAAUUAUUAUAUGUGCAUUUUUUUUU